AUGUCGUCUUCAACCCUCAUACCUUUUAUUUUUUGGAACAAGAAUGCCCAAGAUAUUAUUCACAGAAUCACAUGCCUUGCAGCUAGAGAAGGGUUUAUCUGUACAGGUUCUGACACAGGCGAAAUUUGCUUUUGGCUUUCAUCACUGAAAACAUAUGAGCCUGAUAUUAUCUGCACAAUCGGAAAAGAUACCGAAUGCAAGGCUCUUACCUUUAUAAAACCUCCAAGUCCAGAUCUCAUUAGUAGUGAUAUGUGAGUUAUAUCACUCCACGCAGAUAAUAAAAUACGCAGUUGGGACAUAAACGACGGGCGAUGUAUUAGUUCCUCGUCAUCAAAAAUGAUCCCAAAGCAAACUAUUCUUAAAUUGUAAAUCUAAAUCACAUUUUUCUAUAAUAUUCGAAAAAUAAAUAAUCAAUAUAAAAGGAAUAAGAUAGACAAAAUCGUGGGAAUUCAGAAGCGCAUUAUAGCAGCAACUGGAGAAAUUAAAGAAAUUUUAUUAAUAGACGUUUGGUCUAUGGAACAAAUUGGGAACUUUACCAUGGGAUCACAAGUCGCUUGAAUUCACUCAUGGAACUGAAAUUUAAUCGCAAUGGACAACAAAGGAGAAGUAAGCUGAUGGAAUGUUCCUGACUUGAGCAAGUAUUAUUUCAAUAAGAGUAAACUCGUCGAAAUAUCCAACGACCCCUUAUGGUCAUUUAAUGUAAGUUCAGAUAAGCAAGCAGUUUCAUUCACAUUAGCAAAAGACGCUUCACUAAUGGCUAUAAUUUAUGAAUCGAGCCUCACAUUUAUCCACUCUUCAAGUUUUCGAAGCAAGCAGCAAGAUAAAUCUUAUCUGGAGCUUGACAGAAUUAUUGUAAAAGCUGAGUUUGUGCAAGAUUUUCUAUAUAUUGUUCUAAACGAUGGGAAAAUAUUGAGAUAUGAAAUAGGUAUGAUUUUGGAUGAAAUUGGAUUCGAUGAAAUGAUUGAUGGGUAUGAUCCUAAUGUUAAAAAAAGCUUUAUUGGGAUGAAAAGCUCAGUCGUUAAAUAUAGAAAAUUCCUGGGGAUAGCGCGGAAUACGCUAUCCCCAGGACCAACUGGGAUCGGAUCCCACAUGGAACGAGGGUUCCAUGUGUGGAUCCAUUUUUGACACGUGAAAGUAAAUAUCUCACAUGUCAAAAAUGGAUCCACACAUGGAACCCCCGUUCCAUGUGUGGAUCCGAUCCCGGUUGGUCCUGGGGAUAGCGUAUUCCGCGCUAUCCCCAGGAAUUUUAGUAUAUAAAACAGGGACAAAUUUAAACUCUUUAGACAGUAUUAUUGCUGCAAUUGAUACUCCAUUGCAAAAUUUUAUUUUCUAUAAUAAUAAGAUUCUGGCCUGGAAAAAUGAAGCAGUUAUUGCAAUUAAUCUUCAGGAAAUGGAAACCCAAACCAUUUUGGAGUCAAAAUCAAUAAAUUUUUCUUUGCAAAAUAAUGACCUAAGUUGCUAUGCAGACUGCAGACUAUUACAUCUUUUUAAAGAAAAUGAAAUUAUUACAGUGAGCACCGUGAUCCUCUCAGAUAGCUGGCCUUAUUAUAUAAUUGGAACUUCUCUUGGAAAUGUUUUUGUUUGUCCAUUUUUGCCUCAGCAAUCCGCGAUAUCAUAUUCAUAUCACAGUACUGCCAUUAUUUGUAUCCUGCUAUCAAAAGAUAAGCUUGUAACUUGUAGCGAAGAUAACAUUAUGUGCUUUUGAAAUUUUAACGCAGGGUCAUUUCUCAGAUAUUCUAUUAGCAGUGAAGAAUAUAAUAGACCCCAAAGCAUCUCGGGGAAUUUUAAAGCAUUUACUGGGUUCACAACAGAUGAAAUCGAAGAAAACAGAAAAUCAAAGCGAUUAAGUGUGGAAAUACAAAAAAGAGAGCCACUUCAUGUUAUUAAUGUAUGUGCAAGCUUAAUCAAAAUUGUCUUGCAAGUCCAGCCAAUCCGAGAAGCAGAGAUCACUCCUGAAUAUUUUGAUGAAAUUUGGGCAAAGUGAGACCAAACCUUACUAGCUCAAUGCGAAGAUGGCUCAAUAUUAUUAAUUUCCCUAAACACAAACGAGGUAGCGUUUAAUUUUCCUGCAGUGUCUGCACGUGUGAAAGAAGCCUAUAUCCAUAUGACUCAAGAUUACUUGAUUGCAAUAUGCGAAGAUGCAAAGGGAUAUAUUUUUAAUAUGAGCCUACAAGCAUUGGAAAGAAUAGUUGAUGAAACAAUAAGCAAAAAUUAUAUACGACAAAUAGUUAGAGCUCGAGCUUCAACAGACACUUUAGAAGACAUGGAUGAGUCCAUGAUUGAUAAGCAUAAAGUUCUUCAAUUUAAUAUCCGCCAACAAUUUGUAGUAGAAGCAAGAGCUCCUUUAUCAGUAAAAGCUGUCAGCAUUGCUGGAAGAGAUUUUCCAACAAUAAUGCUGAAUGUAAACUCAAUAGCCAAAAAGGUUUCAAAAUUAAAGCAGCCCCCAGCUCAGCUAGAAUAUGUCUUAAGCCUGCUAACCUGCUGAUUUGAAAAAUGCAAAGCUCAUGCUGCAAUUAAGUAUGGGCUGCAAGAAUUAAUACAUAUGGAAGAUCCUGUCGUGAAAAAUUCUAUUGGAACUAUAGGUGUAGAUGGCUGCUUAUCUUUUGCAGUUCCUGGCCUAAGAGACCGAUAUGAAAUUUCUAGCUACAUUUCUUCUGUAUUAAUGUCAGGAAUUUUAUCAAUUAUAAAUAGCCUUAAAGGCUUGAAAACAAAUUUAAGAAAAAAUGUAAAACAGCUUGCCAACUCCCAUAGAGAAGUUAAUGCAAGCCAUAUCCAAAAUUUUAAAAACCCUGAUCCUGCAGUAUUAGCUUUACAGUUUUUAUCAGGAAAUCUUAUAGCUGGAGAUCUGCUGGAAAGUUUAAUGCCUGCCUUAAGUAAAGAAAAGAUUGACGGGAUCGUGAAUUUCAGCCAAAUAAUGAUUGAUUUCAGCGAAAGCAAUAGCACAACUGCUAACAAUCACCAUUAUGUAAGUCUAAUCGAGUCUUUAUGCUCAAUUUUAUUAGGAUUCCUUGCUAUUGAAAGACACCAAAUAGACUCAGAAGUCGUUGAGAACCUUGUUCUGUCACUACGAAACAUGAUAAAAUCCAAAAUCCAAAACUAUGUUGCAAUUGCGGCAAAAAUUCUGGGUGAAGGAAUAGCGAUUUGGAAAAUUAAUCUAACAAAAAAUCAGAUUAUAGACUUAUGUAGAGAGCUGCUAAUACAUAGCGAAAAAGAUACAGAACUUAAAGGGACAUUUUAUAAAGCUUUGUUUAAAAUUGUAGCUUGUGAUGUAAACUUUUUCUUGGAGUUUUUAUCAAAAGAAAUAGACAAUUUCACAUUUAUGAAGACAUUUCCUGAGACUUGUCUAACAAUUCUUAAUAUGUUUAUAACCAAAAAAUAUGAAGAGGCUGCUGUGUUUUUGCCAGGAAUAAUUGAGGUUAUUAUGAGAACACUUGAUCCACAUAGUCCUAUUAUCAGGAAAAAUUGCUUACUCCCCCCCCCCCCCCUCCGUGAGCGAACAAAAAAAUUUUGUUCGCUCACGGAGGGGGGUUAAUUUUUUUUUUUAAAAAAAAAAUUUAUAUAUAUAAAUUUUUAUAAAAAAUAUUUUUUUCGAAAUUUAAAAAAAUCCUAAUUUGCAAAAAUUGGGAAGCAAAUAUUAAUUUAAUUUGCAAAAUUUAUGUUUUAAAACGCAAUUUGUUUAAAAAUUAAACAGAAUUAGCUCUAGAUUUCAUUAUACUAAUUAUCACUUAUAUAUCAAAAUUUUUUUCCAUUAAAAUUUUUUUCUAUUAAAAAAAUUUUUGUUCACUCACGGAGGGUGGGUUUUUGGUCAAAAAAUGGCGAUUUUUCUAAUGGUUUUGUUCGCUCACGGAGGGGGGGGGGGAGUUAGAAAAGGCUGGAGAAGCAUUAAAAAAUCUUGUUAAAAAGCUUCCAAUGGUAGGUUUUUCUCAGUUGACCCAAAGACUUGCAAUAGGAACAUUAGAUAAAUUGAUAGUGGUUUAUGACUUAAAAACUGCAAACCAAUGGAAAGUUUUAGAAGGCCAUGAAGGCCCGGUCUCUGCAGUUGAAUUUGAUAAAACAGGCAAGCUUUUAGCUUCUUAUAGCUCAAAAGAUGGAUCAGUCAGAAUAUGGAAAAUGGAAAAAGGCUUUUUCCAAGAACUAAUGAGUGGGUCUAAUUCUAAGCCGUGGCUUGUGCAUAAUAUUGAAAAAGUUCAGUCAAAAGGGUCUAGUUAUAAAGAGUAUUUAGAUAUCCUCAAUUUAGAAUGGGCAGAAGACAACAAGUCGAUUACAAUUACAAGAGAAGAUUGCAACACUGUUGUGUAUAAAAUUAAAUAG